AUGCCUACCGACCACAAGAACAACAAGAAGACCGGCGGCCCGCCCAGCAUCCCGGCCCCCAGUGCCAGCGUCGUCGUCAUCUCCCCCCAGAACGAGAUUCUGCUGUUGCACCGCCGACAGUCGGGCACGUUUUCGUCGGCCCACGUCUUCCCGGGUGGCAACCUCAGCCCCUUCCACGAGGGCAGCACGACCCCGGCCGUCGACAGCCCCGAGCGCCACGUGGACGGGCCGGCGUACCGCUUGGCCGCCAUCCGCGAGACCUUUGAAGAGAGCGGCGUGCUGCUGGCGCGGGCGGCCGGCCAGGCGGCGGCUGCGCCCACCGAGAACCGCGCACUCCUUCACGUUGAGGAGGCGGCGAGCAAGAAGGCGCGCGUCGGCGUGGCCAACGACAAGGUCCGCUUCGAGGACUGGCUGUCGAGCGUUGGCGGGGUUGCUGACUGUGAAAACUUGAUACCAUUCACGCGGUGGCUGACGCCGCCCAACCUCAAACGCCGGUACACGACGCAAAUGUACCUGUAUUUCCUGCCCCUCGUCGACCAUACAAAGACGACGUCCGCGGCCGGUGCCGCCGCCGGUAUUGACAGCAACAACAACGGCGGCGCGUCUGCCGACCAGGCCGAGGUCACCGAGGCCGAAUGGGCCAGCGCUGCGUCCUGGAUCGCCCGUGCCCGCAACAACGACAUCAUCCUCUUCCCGCCCCAGCUCUACAUCCUGUCGCUGCUGGCGCCGCUCCUCCGGGGCCCCGCCGCCUUGUCGGCCGGCAAUGCCGACGUGUCGCCCGCCGAACACUACGCCGCCGAGCGGCGCAAGGUCGCCGCGUUCCUCCACGACGGCCCCGCGCCCGGCGAGGACAAGGCCACGUUUGUGCCCUGGGCCGACCGCGUCAUCAGCCCCCGCGUCGUUGGCAAACUGGCCGACGACGCCCGGGGGCGCUCGGUCAUGACCCUCGACUAUCCCGGCCCGGAACUGAAAAAUAGCGGCCGCGGUGGCGAUUCGCACCGGGUGGUUGUCGUCGGGAACAUGCCGCCCGGUCCUCCGCGCGAUCUGGAACUUGCGCUGCGGGCCGACGUGAUGCCGCAGGUGGUGGCCAAGCCCAAGAUCCAAGCGACGGGCAAGCUGUAG